CUCUUCCAACAAACAUACAACUACAUUGCCUGUGUACAGCAGUGCUUCGUUCCUGCCUUACAAAUCCCAAGUAUCCUCCACUCUUUGGUUGCCUUCUAUUCGGCCCCUGCAUACCUUUUCAAGAUUCAACCUUGCUCUCCAAGAGUCCCUCUGUUCGCAAAAUAAUCUCUUCACUCCAUUCAAGUCCAUAUUGUGGUAGUCUUCUCACCAGCAUGGCAUCGUCUCGAAUCACGUCCCGCCGAUGGGAGGAGCUGAAGCCCAAGAUUCAAGACCUUGUUCAUCGAGGUUGUCCUUUAAAAUGCAAAGACGGCAGUCGCCAAACCAUCUCUGAAAUUUUGCAGCAGGACUUUAAAAUCAGCAUAACGGUAGCUCAGCUGGAACCAAAGCUGAGGAAAUGGGGUGUCGCCAAGAAUCUGAAGCUUCACGAAUGGAGGGAGAUCAUGCCCCGUCUUGACGAGUUUGAAGCCAGCGGGACAAGCUACCGAAUUCUACUGGCCAACCACAAGAUCCCACAAUCUGCAGUUCAGGGAGCUAGGAAACGACUCGGGUCUGAAAGCUUGACGGCCGAACAGCGUUCCCAAGAAACUUUGCACAAAUCACAAACCCGUACCAUCUCAAUCGUUGACAGUAGUGGUCAAGUGCUAUGGUCCUCGAUCGCAGAGUCACCACAACAGCCACAUACGAAUGUGGACUUGGGCCAAGACGAUGGCAUCGAUGCUGUCCUGGAAGACGCUACGAUGUCUGAGAACCUCACUACGUCCAAGCAGGGGUUUCCAGCAGAUUUUCUCUUGCAGACAGCUCUCUCUUGUGAGCUGGAAUCGACGGAGAAUCAAGUGGUCCGGCGUUCAGCAUCUCGCCAUGAAGACAACCAGCCAUUUCCCCAAGAGAGGCCAGGGACGAGUGGCUUGAAUUUCACGUUUGAUCCCUGUGUCUAUCCAAUGCUAUCCGGCGCUCUUACCCCUCAACUCACUUUUCCAGUGAGUUUACAAAACCCCAUCAAUCUUCCUGGUGUUACCGAGUCGGAUGCAUUCUAUGGUCUCCUCGAAAGUUGGUGUUCCCCGACGACUUCCGCACUUCAGAAUAGCGUCCAACAACCCCAUCAAAGCUUGAUCCUGAGGUCAAGUCAAACAGACUUGAUUCUGUUGCCAAGUCGUGCCCUGGAAGCAGCGCAAGUAUUCCUCCGUCGCAUGCUUCGACAUGCUGUCACUAGCCAUGACGAUACAACCUCGCCGGCCGUUACCGCACAGGAAGAUCCGGCCCAGCAGCCGCAGGACCCAUCCUCGGAGCAGGUUGAUGAGCUGUUGGAUCGUCUUCUUUCCCUGCUGCCCCGCAAAGACGUUGAGGCGAUUCAGAAUGACGCUUCGGUAAAAGACGACCCCGGCUCACUGGUGCGUAAGCUUUUGCUGUGCUCAGUAAUCAACAACUUUGCUGGGCUGGAGGACAUCCCACAUUCUGCCGUCCUGGCCAUGCUGAAAACAGAUCCUCACAUGAGAUCUGAGUUGUUUGGUCACUUGCAAGUUAGCUCUCCAGCUCUUGCAAAAACUGUCGCCAAUACCCUGUUCAGAGCCGCCCUCGAAACUUGCGACGUCGAAGCAGCAGAAGCUAUUAUCGAGGCCAGCAAGGAAAAGCCAUAUGCCAUUGUGCCGGACAGUAUGGUUUAUGAAUGCAAGCUUGAAAGGGGUCGCAACCAUGAUUCGCAUCAGGCAUGCGCGAUGGAAAUGGCCGUGUGCUCUGGGUCUCUUCUCAUGGUUCACACACUGCUGCGGCUCAACGUGGAUGUGAACAAGACCUACCAAUCAUCGUUUCGCUCCCAAAACCAAAGGGGCCCGCUUUGGCUGGCUAUUUGUGAAAGCCCUUUGGUGAACAUGGAGCUUGUGGAAGUCCUUCUCGAUCGUGGAGCCAAAUUCAGGCUUGAACACGUUUUGCACGCCAUGGAACUUCAUGUUCCCAGGCUUCUCGAAACCCUGCUACAGCAAAUGCCAUCGCAAGAGCAUGAAAUACUUCUAUCUGGGAGAGCUGGGUUUUCGCUGGACCCAGUUGCACACUACAGCAACAGCGAUGCAACAACCGUAAUUCGGCUUUUUCUAGAUAAGUGCGACGAAUCCGGUUGCGGCAACUGCAACUACAACUACUCUUACUCUCUAGUCCAAGCCGCCAAGCGCGGAAACAUGGAACUUUUUGAGCUUCUGCGGGAUCGCCGUAAACUUGAUAUUACAGGCGGAGUCCUUUCGGCGGCUAUCAGAAGUCGUAAGCAAUCUUUAAUCGAACUCCUGCUCCAAGAGAUUGAGCAUCGAAAAGACGGUCCUCUCUUGAGUUAUAUAAAUGCCGAAAGGAUCGACUACCGACUCAAUUGCCCUUGUGCAACUACACCACCCGCAAAGGAUCAAUACUAUUCGCGUAUCGAACUUUCAACCACGCCAUUGGCCGAGGCCAUCCGCGCUCAAGAUGACGAGCUUAUCCAGGUCCUUGAGAAUCUGGGUGCUUACGCUCCAAUACUAGAGAGCUCGCCUACAGGCGCCGAACAUGUUGAGGCUGCCACAUGCGCCGCUGCGGAAGUUGGUAACUUGGUCUUCUUGACAAGAUUGCUGGCGGAUGCCACUCCACGUUCUAUUAAGGCGCUGUGCCCAGCGCUAUGUACUGCCAUUCGUUGGGGCAACGCCGAAGCCGUCUCAAUUAUACUUAGUUGGCUGUUUCGGGUGGCUGUAUUGGGCGUUAAUAUAUUUGAGGGUUGGGCAUGGAGAACCCAUGACCCACUGAUGGAAGCCUUGCGUGCCAAAGAAGAGCAGCUUGUGUAUACUCUUCUCGAUCUCGGCAUCUUCAUUCUUAGGGAAUGGGGUUUCAAAGAGGAGAGUUACUUGGAGCUCGCAUUCUUGUGGAAAAAUGACUCGCUUAUAAGAGACAUGCUGCUUAUGGGGUUUAGAUGCUCCAGAGGAUACAGGACAACGCCACUUAUCGAAGCAGUGCGAUCCAAAAAUAAAGGUCUGGUCGAAUUGCUCCUUGCGCAUGGAGCUGAUAUCGACGGAACUCCGGAGAAAUCUCAGAUCUCUCCGCUCGGUCAGGCGGUAUUGGUGGCGGAUCAAGAAAUGACUCAGCUACUUCAUUUCAACGGCGCAAAGAUGACCUCCGAGGAGUUUUUCCAGGCCUUCUCGAGCAGAGGGCCAGUACACGACCUGUUGUUCACAAUUUUUUAUUCAUGUGUUCAUUCGGAUCCAGAGCUCGGUCCCAUCGCGCUGAAAAAGGCUCUGGAGUUGGGGGAUUUGGGCAUGCUGAAGAAACUUUUGUCAGCGGGGAUAAACCCAAAUAUCCUGACCGAGGAUAUUUCCGAGUCGGAAUAUCAGGAUGCUGAGUAUACUACCCCCCUUGGCUUUGCUGUUCGCCAUUCCGUGGACCAUAGCCUAAUUCGGGCUUUAUAUGCUCACGGCGCCGAUAUUAAUCUCUGGGCUAUGCGUCAUGAGGAAAAGUCAUGGACUGCACUUUUGCUCGCAAUCGAGCAAAGAAACCUAGCGAUGAUCAACCUGCUACUUGGUCUCGGCGCUGACAUUGACCUGCCCGCCAAAUUGCUCCUGAGGCGCACACCCUUGCAGGCCGCUUGCGAGAUUGGCAGCACAACCAUCGUCCGCCUGUUGUUGGGGAAGGGCGCCGAUGUCAACGCUCCGCCAGCACGAAUGGAAGGGGGAUCUGCGCUGCGACUUGCUGCCCAGGGCGGCUUUGUCGGCAUAGCAGAGCUACUCUUGUCUCGCGGAGCCAAACUCAUCCAAGACCAGCGGUUGGAGGAUAUGACAGCACUCGAGGCAGCGGCGUACAAGGGCAGGAUUCACAUGCUGAAGCUUCUAUGGAAAGCCGGGAAGGGAGAGUUUUCUGUCGACGAGAUUGAUAGGGCUACUGCGCAUGCCGAAAAGCAGGGGCAUCAGGCAUGUGCUGAUUUGCUCGGGAUACUUAGAAGCAUGCAUGUUUCAGCGGCCAAGGGUUUACAGGAGGCAAGCCACGAUCGUGCCUAGUCUAUCUAAGCGAGUUCUGUUUAGUUUUGCUUAUUUCAAGAGGUAUUCCAAAGUAGUCUGCAAUUUAUCCCCCGAUGGUACAUAACCAAGGGAUGUGUUGUAGGGCUAGAUGUGUACCAGCCCUGCGGGGUUUUGCACCGAACCAUCAAGAGGAUCUAGCCCAUGGUUGGCGAUAAUCUGGCUGUUCGGCUAGAGAGCAACUUUCCGUGAAUGAGGCAUUCCUGGCCGGGGGGGAAGCGGCUUCUUGGCGACGGCCUUGUUGAGCCUGGAGGACUUUGUUUUUUUUUUGGAAUCCUCGGACGUCUUGCCGCCAU